AUGAGCUCUCAAGUGAGAGGCAACUGUGCCUGCCUGGCCAUGACUCGUGAGGUAACCAUUCUCCACCCAAAAGAGCUUCUCUUCAAGCCAGAAUUGAAGCGGGUCGGUAACUUGGGCGGCCUUCGUCUCUUGGACCGUCUCGAUCGCUUGGAAGAGAGACAGGUUGAUAUUCAAACCGAAUUGCAGAAUCAACGGCUCGAAUUUGACAAACAGCGCUCUCUUUACAAGAAAACGGAGGACGAACUAAAAAGACAACGCGAUCUUCUUGAGCCAUUUCGUCUCCAGAUCUUGAGUAUUCGUGCGACCGAGUUGGAGAAGCUCAGCCCACAUUUCGACAGCGAGGCUCGUUUCCAGAGAAAUGCAAUGGUCCAUGGAGGGAAUGUCAGAGUGGAUUUACAAGCUCUAGAUUAUCUAGAAGCUUGCAGAGAGUUCGCUCGGUUGCAAAACGCUAAAAUGGGAUUUCAAUCUCUUUACGGACGGCCUGUGGACGAGCUACGAUUCAAAAUCGCAGACGCGCCUCAGGAGAUUGUGGGAAUCCUUAACAGACGAGCUACACUUGAGACGAUGCAUAAGUGGAAGUUGGUAGCCAAGGAAGAGAGACUUGCAUGGAUUGCAUUGUGUGAUCGACUUAUUGGCACUUGGUCACGGUCUGCCUAUGAGGUUGCACGCUCUUCUUCAGAUGCUCAUAAAGAGGCGAUCAAGGCAGAAUACGACCAGCUAUGCCAAUGGAUGUCCGACAAAACCGAAAUUCUAAAGCAACGCAGAAACAAGUGA